UGUUUGUUUGUUUGUUUGUAGAAUGUGUGCAUUGAGAACGCCUGCAUUGCCGCUCACGACAAGAAGGGGCGCUACGCCACCAUGUUCACUGUGGACAAAGUCCUCGCUCCGCCCACGGGAACAGUCAUGGACGUCCUGAAGGCCCACGACCGCUUCAGCCUCCUGGUUGGCGCCAUCCAGACGGCUGGUAUGACGGAGCUGCUGAACCAGCAGGGGGCGCUGACCUUCUUUGCUCCCACCAACGAUGCCUUCAGCGCCAUGUCGCAGCCCGAGCUCAACAAACUGAUGCGUAACCGCCAGCAGCUGGAGGCCGUGCUCAGGUACCACCUGGGGGAGGGCAUACUGGUCAGCGGGGGAGUCAGCUCUCACACCAGACUCCAACCUCUGCAGGGGGAGAAGCUGGAGCUGGGCGUGAGGAACUACACGGUGUACGUCAACAAGGUCCCGGUGGCGGACGCAGACCUGAUGGCAACCAAUGGAGUCGUCCACGCCGUCAACAGCAUCAUCAGACCUCUGCCUCUGAAGGUGGACCGAGAGCAGGCUGACGGACCUGCAGCUCCUCUCAGAUCAGCUUCCUCCUCCGUGACCGACUCCAAGAGCUUCAGGAAUGAUGAUCUUUUCCAGAAGGUGGUCAGGAGUCGCUCCAGCAGGACGAUGAACAAGGGUCAGUAACGGCCGAGGAGGAGGAGGAGUAGGAGGAGGAGGAGGUACAGACGUCAGCAGAACGUCUGAAGAACCAAAGAACCAACAUGUUCUCCACCCAAAGUGUCAAAGGUCACAAAUCUGGAAAAAUCCCCCUCAAGUCCCCGAACGCUGCAGCUUGUUUCUGGAUUCAAACAUUUCAUGGAUCUGUUCAUUAACAAACAUUCAGACUCAAACAGCUGAUUUAUGAAAUAUCUCUGAUUCUGUUCACUUUAAUGAAGUUAAAAUGAUCUGAAGGUAAAAUUAGUGUUUUUGUGAAUGGAGUCUGGUGCUCUGAUGUGACACCUAGUGGCAGAGAAUCUACAUUAAUACAGACACCAAAUGACUCCACAGCUUCUCUGGAGAUGUUGAAGGGCAUUCUGGGAAAUGUAGUUGAAUCCCACAGCGUGAGAGGAUCUGAGGGGGAUUUUUCUUCUUCGUUGGUUUGUGGAGAAGAAGAUGAAAUAAAGAAGUUAAUUUUUUAUUUUUUACCAAACUCAGUGUUUUGUUUUUUGUGUACUGUAAAAAAAUAACUUCCUGAAGUCUAAAGUUUGAACUCUCACAUGUAAAACUUUUGUAAAGUGUGUUUUUGUUGUUCGUUGUUUACUCUGUGUGUUGUUGCCCUGCAGCAUGUCGGCAGGUUUGAGACAAACAAAACCAGAAAAGUGACCCGAUUCUUUUUUUUUUGUAAAAUAAAUCUGAAAAAUGAAAAGA